UGAGGUGGAGUACGGCAGACUAAAUUUUUGUGUUUGAGAGCGAUACUGUAAUUUUUAAUUAUUCUUUUAUAUUUAGGAAGUUUUUAAAAAUCUUUCAGUGAAUUAGCAUUUGGGACAAAGAAAAUGCAAGCGAUAAAAUGCGUUGUUGUAGGUGAUGGGGCUGUUGGUAAAACAUGUUUGCUGAUCAGCUAUACCACAAAUGCAUUUCCUGGAGAAUAUAUACCUACAGUAUUUGAUAAUUAUUCAGCAAAUGUUAUGGUAGAUGGUAAACCCAUAAAUCUUGGCUUAUGGGACACAGCUGGUCAAGAAGAUUAUGAUAGAUUGCGACCAUUAUCAUAUCCACAAACUGAUGUAUUUCUAAUUUGCUUUUCACUAGUAAAUCCAGCAUCAUUUGAAAAUGUCAGGGCAAAGUGGUAUCCUGAAGUUAGUCAUCAUUGCCCUAACACACCAAUAAUCCUUGUUGGGACCAAGUUGGAUUUAAGGGAAGACAAAGAAACUAUAGAAAAAUUAAAAGAAAGAAAACUUGCACCUAUCACUUACCCUCAAGGACUAGCAAUGGCCAAAGAAAUUGGUGCCGUAAAAUAUCUUGAAUGUUCAGCUCUUACCCAGAAAGGCCUAAAAAAUGUGUUCGAUGAAGCAAUCCGUGCUGUUCUUUGUCCACAGCCCAAACCAAAAAAGAGGAAGCACUGUCGAUUACUCUAACCAUAAAUAUUCUGUUCCAUUGUUUCCUGCCGUUAAAAAAAGGCUGCGCAGCGCAACACCAAUGGCUAUGAAACAAAAUGCUGCCAAUAUUAUGUUGUUAAGGCUUGUUUAACUAUAUUUUUACAAUCAUUAUGUAAAUGAAAAUUUCAGAUUUGUUAACUCUUAUGUAUAUUUGCAUAUAUUUUGUGUAGAGACUCUGUGCACUUUGAUAAAAUGCAUUAUCAUAAUAGUUGGUUUAAAUAAAAUGCAGUAUUCCUGAAGCAAACCAUGUUUGAAGUAUUGCAUGUUGCAAUUGCUUUUUGUUGGUGCUUCUAAAUCCUAAUAGUUGCAGGAUUAUGUUGAUUAGCUGGUAAAGUAUAAAUUUUCAAGUUGUAUUUUGAUAAGUAGUUUUUAAUUGUUAACAAAAUAUUUGAAAAGUGGAUGUAAGCUGUAAUAUAUUUUUAUCACAAAGCAUCUUAAUAUAUUCAUCCCAACAUUUUACAUAAUUCAACUGAGGGAACUGUUUUUGUUAAUUAAAUUUGUCUACCUUUUGAGAAAAUGUAAUUAGUUCUAAUUUGCUCAUUUAUUGCUUAAUGAACGAUCAAACAAUUUUAUAUUUCAUGAAGUUCAUUAUAUCUUGUAAAUAAAUUCCAAGCCUGUAUAAAUCUUUUAUUAUAGUAUUUUUGUUCUUAAAAAUGUGUGUUGGAACUUCUAACGUGAUUUUUGUUGUGUUCUGGAAAAAUCAUUUAUUUUCAGAAAUUGCAUAAUCAUAUCAAAAAUGCAUUAUUACUCAAAUUUCUAUGCUUAAGCUUGAUUUACUGUAUUACAAUUCUGCCUAAGCAUCAAAUUUGGCACUUCAAAAAAAAAAAAAAAAUUCAAUUCUGAUGUUUUUACAUUUAAUACAAUGGUGUCUUAAUACCUUGUACAUUUUUUAAGCUAAAUAUGUAAAGAGUAAGUUGAGAUUUUAGUAUUGGGAAAACCUUUUAAACUGAUUAAUUAUGAAUUUGACAGGAAAAUGUAUUCCUUACUUCAAAAGAUAUGUAUAUAAAGGUUAUAAAAAUAAAAAAUAUGUAGUGUUUGCCAAUAUGUUUAAUAUGUUGACAUAAAUAUAAUUAAAUUUACUAACUUUAAUAAAACUGAAUUGAGUUCUAUUAGAGACAACUGUGAACAUUUUUGAAAAUAGGCUUGUGACUAAAUUUCUCAAGUUUACAUUAAAAAAUUUUAAAACCUUUAAUCAAGGUUCAAAUUAUAUUUAUUCUCUUUAAUAAGUUGCCAGCGAAUAAAAUUAUUUUCUUUUAUGUUCAACUUAGUUAUGUUAUUGUAUGAAAUACAGUAAAACCCCUCAAAUGCGGACACUAAUGGGACAAUUUUUUUUGUCCACAAUAGAGGGGUGUCUGCAGGACAGGGAUUUCAUAUUGUUAUUCGCCUUGGAAUCGGGGAAUUAAAAAUUGUCCGUAUAAGAGGAGUGUCUGCACUUGAGAGGAUGGGUGUUACUGUAUAUUGUUUCAUAUUGUAACAUUUAAGCUUAGUUUUAACCUUGUUUUUGUUUGGUAUACUUCUUAUGAAUUUAAAUUAGGGUUACUGCUAUCAGUUGCUCAAAUCCUUCAAGAAUUUUAUUUUUCUUUUUUUUUUUUUGCAUUUGGAUGUAAUGUUUUUAAACAAGCUGAAAUAGUAAAGUAAAGAGUGAUACUUUUCAAAAAUAAUUUUAAUGAUGAAACACCAUUUUAAGCAAAAAACGUUAAUUAUUACACAGAAUGUAAAUCCAAAGCAGUUUAGUUUUUUUUUUUUUUUCGACAUUAACUUCAAACUUUUGAAGUUGAGAAAAACCACUCUUCUCUCUCUUGUAAUGCACAAGUCAGGUGAUUCAAAUAAAAAUAGAAAGACUUCAUUCUUAUACCAGACUUUGUUGCUCCUGUUUUAAAUAAUUACAUUUAUAAAACUUGGCUUUUCUGUUUUUUUUUAAAUUUAGAUUCAAAUUGUAAAACAAUAUAGAAUAUUUUCAUUGCAUUGCACUGCAUUGCAAAUGUUAGUUCAAAUUUUCCCAGGCAAGACAUAGAUUUAUAUUUUGUGCAUAUUAAUGUUUUGAAAACUGCUUAUUUUCAUUGUAGCCCAUUGGUGAUGCGAUUUUAAAGACGAAAAAAAAAACUUUUUUACAAAACAAAAAUAAUAAUAAAGAAGUCUGCAUUUCUUACUCUCAUGAAAUUUCGAACUAUGAAAAAGUCAGAAAAUGGUGAUUAACUUUUUAAAUGUAAUGAUUAAACAGUUGAGGAUUCUUCCUUUUUCCACUUGUUAAUCCAUUUCUAAAACAGAUGUAGUGUUUGUAAUAAAAUUAAUCUUCUUUAUUUUUUAUUAAUAUUUUAAUAUUAUGAAAGGUUCAUGUUCUAAUUUAUUUUGACUUUUAUGUUGAAAAUUGUUAAAUACUAACUGAAUAUUUAUCUAUGUUAUAUUUUUUUUAAAUAAUUUUCAUAUCUCUGUGAGUUUUAAUGCAUGCCACUUGUUAAUUCUGAACUAAUUUGCAUGACAUUCUACUUACUUUCCCCUUCAGUUUCCUUAUUUUAAGCAAUCAUUUCCUGCCCUUAAACUAGAAAAUUUUAUUUUCUUCAGCUUCAAAAAAAAAUGCUAUUCUUUAUAUGGCUUCUUGUAAAAUCUGCACUAAAUUUUAUCAAAGUCAUUUGCUUUACAUGGAAAGCUAAGAGCUUUAAAUGCUGAUGCUCAAGUAUGUUUUAACUUAACUAUUAAUUGAUAGCUUGUCUUCCCCUCCUUGUUCUAAGUCUUUGCUUUGGCUCUCUCUCUCUUUUUCCUUAAAAGCAUUUUAAUAUAUUUUUAGGUCAUUCAAAAUAGUAUUAACCUUGUUAUUUCCUUUAUGUUGAAGGUUUAUAAGUUACAUAAUUAUUUUAAUGUAAGUCAGUGGUACCCAACCUACAAACCUUGGCCAGCAAAGCUGAACCGUGGGACCUGUUGUUCUAUUCAACGCUACAUAUCGAAAACCAGUCAAAAAUUUGGAAAUCAAAUUGAUUUCUGAGAAACAGAUGCAAAUUUUGCAUUAAUAAAUUAAGCAAUGUGCAAUAAAAGCAAUUCUUGGUUUAUUAUUUUUUUUUCUUUUUCCAUGUUACCUAGGAAAAUUUCAAAUACUUUUUAUUUUAUAUGAGUUCUGUUCUGUCCAACUUGAAUCAUCUUGAUGUGGGCCUCUGGUAAAGAAAAAGUUGGGCACCACUGAUGCGUAAUGUGUUCAUAAUUGCUUCUAAUGAAUUUUACUGUCCCAUUGGAAUGACAUGUUUUAAAGUUGUGUCAGGAGAGUUGAUUUUAAUACUGAGCUUUACACAUUUUACCAUUUUAUUAGAGCCAAAGCACUAACAAGUGCUAACCCAUUUUGCUAAUUAGCUGCCAGUCAUGCACAAUUGUUAUGACUAUAGCUAAUGGUGUGUGAACCUGCUCUUUGGCAGCACAACAGGAUUUUGCUAGAUUGUAUGUAUGUUGUCUUCUGUUAUUAUUCAAAUUUUAUGUGCUCAGUUUAUAUGUAAUUAUGAGAAUUGAAUCAUAGUUGUAUUUGUUAAAGAUGAAAUAAAUUGCCUUAUC